UUGACUGGUAAACUCUCUCUUUCUCCAACUGGUCAGAGAAGUCCAAAGGAAUCCAUUUUCUAUCGAACAAAAUCAUCCAAAUUCACCGUGAGCAGUCCAAACCAGAUCGACCGGCUGGACAGGAUGGACAGCCCGGUGCCUUUCGGAGCGGAAGGCGCACUAAUCAAGAAGGCUGAGGAUUUAGUUAAAUGCCUGGCUGAACUGGAGAUGAAGACCGAUGAGCUGCUAAUCGAUGCCGAAGAGGUGGACAAGAAGUUGGCCGACUGUCGCAGUUUUCGCGAGGAGCAACUACUGAAGUAUCUGACGGAGCGCAAUAACGACGAGGAGCAGAUGCAGUUGCUGCGGGAAAACAUCGAGCUCAAGGAGACCCGCGCUGAGUUCCAAAGAGGCAUUGCGCUGGUCAUGGAGAAGUACCGGGAGCACGGCGAAGGGGACAUGUUCAUCGAUAGCUACCAGCUGAAGGAGAACUACCUGGCCGGAUUGGAGAAGGUGGUCCAAGAGCAGGAUGCCCGAAUCGAGCGUAUGGUGGAGAUGAUAAAGCUGACGGCCGACUUCGACGAUCGGAGCAGUGAGAAGAACCAGCAGAUCAUCUGCCAGCUGGCCGGAGAAAAUGAGCAGAUGCGCCGCCAGUUGCAGAUCAGUAGCACCGAUGAGCUGUUCAGCCAGGGAAACUUGGGCUCCAGCGAAAGUAGCACCCAGAUCGGACUGAAUGACUCCUUAUAUCCGGAUUCCACCCGGGCGAAUAGCAUCUGCAGCAUUGAGAGCUUCCUGUCCUGCCUCUCGCCGAGCCACAUGGAGGAUGAUUCCGAGUACUCCUCCAACGAAUCGCUGCUGAGUGAGCUGGAAGUAACUUGCUUUAUUCAGGAGGCUUUGGCCGAGCAUGCUGAGGAGAAGUCCUGCAACCUGGAGGACUAGGCACCUCAACCACACACGUUCCUGCCCCACUAAAACACUGAAGACUGGCUGUUUACGUUGUUGGACUGGACUUGGGUUCUGAACAUUGAAAUAAAUUGUAAUUCGGGCUGGAAGCUCGAUCUUUUCCCAGAUGUUUCCCAUCGAUUUCCAUCCCGAAAUAUAAUUUUAUUCGAGGCUACACUAUCUACACACUGCUCGCUGUCUGCUACUAUUGCUGUCUUUUCAACGAUCUUGUCACUUUCAUAAAGCACUAUAUACCAUUUUCA